ACCUGUGCAAGUGCUAUAAAUGCUCCCAAAUGAUUCCACAUUGUAUUACAAAUUACAGAAAACCUAGAGGUAACUGCAAAGUAUAAAAAUGAAGCAAAUACUUAUUCUUUCAAUUGUGUGCGUACUUGCAGUCCAUUUUGUAAGUUCCGUUAGUCUCCAAAAGGGUACACUUGAUAUCAUAGAGGGCAAUUGCACCAGUCCAAAUCCAAAACAGGCAGUAUUGAAAGAUUAUGUCCACAAGACUAGCAUUCCUUUUGUCAAAAGAGACGAAACAGUUGAAUGGCACGGUGAUCAAAAAAUUUACUGCGUAACAGCCAUCAGUCUUAAGAGCGCCGAAAAAGGUUCAACUGCUUGGAUCUCAGAUGGUGGAGUUAACCACACCUACAUCGCAAUCGAACUGGAAUCUGGUAGAGGGCAUGGCUUGGAAUACAACGUUACCAUUUAUGCUAAAUAAUGUUAUUGAGGUGUUUAAAAGAGUUUGUGUGAUUAUAAAAUAAACGAAAUAAAACCAUAA